CUUAUACUCAGUUACUGUUAACUCGACAUUGGCGCUACCGCUGAGUGUACGAGUGUGUGUGUGUGUGCGCGCGUAUGUGUGUGUAUUCUAUGUAUGAGUGUGUGAGCUCGGAUGGUUAACUGGACUGUUCCCGGCUGAAACGCAUCCAAGUCCGGCCGCAAGAAGAUGCCUCACUGCUGCGUGUGAACGGCCGAAAGAGUCGGAGGGACGGCAGGGAGAGAGUGUCAUCUCCGGGCAGGUUUUAGAGGAAAAAUACGAGGCAGGAUGUUGCAAGUUUUAGCUUGUGGCGCCGUAGUUUUCCCCGGUCUGUUCUUCGCCUUCAGGAGGAUCCUGCCGUGUGUGUUCAAACACUGGAGCGAUGCGGACGUGGUGCUGGUCAGCGAGAGACUGGUGUCGUCCAUCCAUGCCAUCAUGGCAACAACAGCAGGAGUCAUCAUUGUGUCAUCAUGCAGGGACAACGUCAUUAACGACAGUCACUGGCUGGCCACAUACUUCGUCAUCUGGUACGGCGUGCCGUACAUGACGUACGACAUCUUUGCCAUGUACCUCAGUCACUACUACCGCUUCCGUGUCAAAGGGCACGAGGACUACAAGCAGCACUCGCUGAGGACCGUGAACUCGUUCAUUCGCCGAGAGUUCCUGCUGGUGCUGCAUCACAUCGCCCUGCUCACCAUCCUGCUGCCUGUCACACUGUUCUUCAGAAAGGACCUCGGGGAUUUCUUCAUCGGCUGCUUGUUUCUAACAGAGCUCAGCACUCCCUUUGUCUCCCUGGGGAAGAUACUUAUUCAGCUCGACCUUCAGAACUGCUGGCUGCACAAGGCCAACGGCGGUAUGGUACUGUUAAUGUUCUUCAUGUGCCGCAUCGCGCUCUUCCCCUACAUGUACUGGAUGUACGGCCGCCACUACGGAAUCCCGCUCUACAGCGUGCCCUUCCACCUGCCGCUCGCCACCAACCUGGGCAACUCGUGCAUCCUGGCGCCGCAGGUGUACUGGUUCGUCCUGCUCUGCCGGAAGGGCUACCGCCUGUACAAGCGCAGCCGCAGUCCCGCCUCGUCCCCCGUGGUCACGGUCACUGACAAUUCGAAGGACGAUUGAUGUCCACGUCACAAUGUUCUCGCUCGAACCGCACACUCGGCUACUAACGCAACUACUUCUCCGAAAGCACUAGUUGACUUGAAGGUUUUCAAACCCCACCAUUGUACUGUAGUACACCAGGACUGCCUACUGUGGUCCCACAACUCCUGGGCAUUUUUCCGCACACGUUAAUUCCUCUGUUACAAAUCUGCUGCCUACGUGGACCUUUCCACCCACUGUAUUCUGCUACUGAAGUUUGAUGAUUUGAGUGCUUUUUGGAUUUUGGGACUAGCCUGGACCUCGUUGAAGUUCCCCCCCCCACUCCUCCUGCAUCUGUCCACGUCCUCAACAACUGAAGAACGGUCACUUUUGCUUCAUUCAUGGACAAAAAAAAACAAAACAAACAACUUGGAAUAAAAGAUCCACAAACUGAAGAGGAGCUUCGGUGGACAGACAUCUUAUCUCUUACACCUUCUGUGUUUACAGCUUCUGCUGAUUUGGAAGGUCUGUUGCAGUGCGUGUGUAUGUUUGUGUGUGCGUGUGAGAGAGAGAGCGAGAGCAUCGGUUAAAAGGUGGUUGUAUUUAUUUUUAAGGUUUUGUUUAUUUUCUUCUUUUUAAUGUGUUGGAUUAUUAUCUUUCUCAACCAUUCACUCAUCGGGACAGACGAGAAGGAUUUGGAAUAGUGGCGGCUGCAAACUCAGUAUUAGCAGGAUAAAAUAUGAAGUGUAUACCUCACCUCAUCCACAUCUAAGGAAACACUUAGGUUUCUUAAUACCCAUUAAUGUGACGUAGUGUUAAAGUCUCGGCCACGUUCAUUUAGUGUGUGGUUUCCCCACACGGCAGGCAGCGUGCCGCCAUGGCAACAGUCGCCACAUUCCUCACCGCAACACCCAGCACAGAUUUAUGCUCCUUGUUCCUUUUGUUUCCAUCCAGGGAGCGACUGUUGCUCUGUAUAUAUAUGAAGUGUAUCCACCACAAAUCAAUGCCGCGUUAAUGUUCACUCGAGCUUUAAUUACACUUUUAAAUGAAUUCAGCGUGGCGACAUCCUUCAGCGUCAGGGCCGGAUAACGGUGGCACCGUCGCGGGACUCCUGAGCUGAGCCUAACCCUCAGUACGUUUGUUUUCUUUUGCUUCAAAAACAUCCGUGCUUGAUACCGUAAAAUUUCGCCAGUAAUUCAAGGCAAUCCCAAAUUCAAAUUAUGUGUGUAUGCGUGAUUAGGACCUGCUAUCGCUGCUGAUUUCCUCAGAGAUAUUUCUGCUUUCGUACCAAUUUAGCUUUGUUUUCAACAAGAUUUUCACAGAACUAAUGUUGCAAAUUUUAAUCUAAACUCAUUAAAAAUAUUAAUGUUAAAAUACUUUCUUUUUUUUUACCCCAAAGUAGUUACAUGCAUGCACUUUUCAUUGAUUAUGACCACACAUCAUUAAAAACCUUUAGACACUUUGAAGUAACGAACAAGUCGUCCAGCAGAGGGUGCUGUGAGCACAGCUCGACCCUCGUUUCUCAGCAGAAGAAAACGAUUGAAAAGCAUUUGCAAGAAGUUCUGGUUGUAGUUCAACACCUUAGACGGCAAAGUGAACACUUUAAGUUUGACCGGGCGACAAACAUCAGAACCAUAAUUGUGUCCUUUGGCAGUUGUGUUUUUUUCUUUUAGUUUUCUCCUGUGGAAAUCAGUGGGAUCUGCUCGUUGGGAGGUGACGGGGACACGUGAAUGCCUCAUGUUGGACAAAACACUCAGGGCCAAGGCCAGAGCAAUAAGGCGAUCAGUGACUCACCAGGACAAAGUGAUACAGAGGAUUUCAAUUUAUGAGCAAUUAUCCACACAAAAAAAUGACGAUAUUGGGAGCAAUGAUUCCUGAACUACAUCUGUAACUCUUUAAAACUGUCAAUGUCGGUAUCACUUUAAGUUCUGCAGGCCUCAGAUAUUUAUACGCACUUGUGUAUCAGGUGUUUCACUGAGCGUUCACACACACACACACACACUACUGUAUAUACGUGACACUUAUGACAAUUACAUCCCGUUUUAAAACUUAUAUCUAGAUAUAACCAUACAUUGAAAUAUCGUUUUAUUUUUUAAAUAUGAUUAUUAUCAUCAUGCAAUAUAAGAUUGUUUGCGAUUCACAGUUGCAUAAAGACAUUUGCCGUAGAGUAGCGAGUUCCUUCAUAUCAAAUAUUCAGUAGACCAUGUUAUUUUCGGCAGAGUUUGCCGAUUUAUCUCCUUAGACCACAAUUCUCGGUUGUUACAACGCUAAAGUCGAGCCAUAUCUGCGACGUAUUUAGUUUGUUUUUCAUUUGUGUUUUGGUGGAAUGUGUUUUAUUUUCACAGUACGUUGUUGCUUCGCAUUAGAUUUUGCAGUUUGACAGUGAAGCUGGUUUUUGCUGCAGUGGUUAGCACUGGUACAUGACGGUAAUAGGACGUUUGUUGGGUUAUUUUAGGGCUCCAACUAAUGAUUAUCUUCAAAAUCUUUUCAUCCGUUGAUUGUUUUUUUCAAUAAAUCGAUGAGUUUUGUUCAUAAAAUGUUAGAAAAUGUAGAUCAGAGUUCACCAAACCUGGAAGUUUUAAUCAUUUCUUUGUUGUACGGCGCAAAGACACCGGAACAUAUUCACAUUUAGGAGGUUGAAACGUCAGAGAGCUUGUUUUAUUUAUUAUAAGAAAACACUCUGUGUGAUUAAUCUAUCACCAAAAUAGUUGGCGAGUAAUGUAGUAAAUGAAUGAAUAAUCGUUGCAGCCCUAGUUGGUGUGAAUCCAGGUGGGUCUGGGCCCCGGCUGUGUUAAAUUUGCAUGUCCUCUCUCUGUGUCUGCAUGGGUUUUUAUUCCAGGGCUACUUCAUUUCCCCCCCGCAGUCCAAACAUGUGCAAAUCGGGGUCAAGUUAAAUGUAGAGAGCGAGGUUUGAAUGCAGUGAGUGUAAAUGGUUGUCUGUGUCGGUGUGUUGGCUCCGCACUCUGCCCGUCGCUUGUCGUCGCCGUCGUCGUCCCCCCGACACAUCUGCAAGUCCACUGAGGUCAUCGUUUACCCACGGAGCUCUGUGGCUGUGAUGACUUUCCCGGACAGUUUUUUUUUUCUAGACACAGAAAGAGUUGGUAACCAUGGACGCGUGCUCGGGGUUAAGCAAGAGGUCAAACCAUACAAGGAUGUACAGUCGUUUGCGAACUCCCGGCGAGAAAUCGCUGCUACUGGAAUGGAUUGUGGGAGACGCUAGACUGAGGUGGAGCCUCCUUUUUAGACACAGGGACGCCACCGUGCGACAAAACCUGAGUAUGGAAUAGAUGGAUUAUUACUGUUACUGUAGUGGACGAGUGCCGGAGCAUCACCGGGGCAGCAGAGGUUGGGCUGUGGAUCCGUUGAGGACAACCAUGGGUGGGGGUAGUGCUAUCUGGGCACAAGUUAGGGCUCCAUCAGCCUGGGCAAGUGUGUGUGUGUGUGUGUGUGUGUGUGUGAUGUUCAAAGACCCCGAAAAACACCCGAUGACCCCGGGGGAAAUCGCCCCCUCUCUCCCAAAGGACGUGUCCAGAUGGAUGGAGACGAUGUAUGUAAUGUAAAAAAAAAAAAAUAAUAAUAAAAAAUACAUCUUUGAAACAAACUACCAAGCUGUCAACAACACGUCUGACACGUACCCAUCACAAAAAUCCCCCAAAAAAUAAAAAUAUCAUGCUCCCGACUGUGUAGCAAAAAUAUUCUGCUCCCUUAAAGAAGAAAUAAACGGCUCAUAACAUGAUUUCAGUUAAAA